AUGAAGCGAACUAAAGAAUCUGGGGCAGCGUACAGAAACAAGAAGAAGAAGAAGGAGGAGUUUAUGAAGUCCUAUCCCAAGAUAACAAGCUUCACCGCAACUGCAGGACCAGCGUUCCCUACUGCCGCAGAAGCCCGAGUAGCAGCACAAGACGUGUAUUGGCGGGAGGAGAGCCGUCCCGAUCCAGUCGAGGAACCAGAUGAAGAGUUGGAGUUUCCCCUAUUUGAAUCGGACGACGAAACAGAAACAUCUUCAUUUUUGGCUUGCUUUUUACAGUUGAUCAUGAAAUCUGCGCCAGGUGAAGGAAGCAACGAAGUCGAUGCUGUAGUGGAAGCUGCAGCUGCUCUAUCACUGGAGGUGAACUGGCCGAGCGACAAGGAGCUGUUCAAAGACAGACAAUGUCUCAGCAUCGCUGACAAGCGGGCGAUACUGCAACACGGACCUUGUCAACCCUCAACGUUGUCGAACUACUAUGUUAGUAAGCAACAGAAUGGACUCGAACUGCGAAGAAAAUGGCUCUGCUAUUCACCACUAGGCAAAUAUGCCUACUGCGAGACAUGCUGGCUGUUCGGGGAUAAAGCCAAAUCACCGUGGGCAGACAAGAUUCUUCCCAGUAAGAAGUAUGGCAUCUCCAAGAAGAUGAAGACACAUGAGACGUCCGAGAGCCACGCAGAGGCGCAUAAAAAUCGACUGCACUUCAUCAAAAGCCCAGUCGAUCUUCAAGAGCUGAAGAUCAUCGAGGAGAACGAAAAAAAGUGGACUCUGGUCGUCGAGCGGGUUAUUGCCAUCAUAAUAGCUGCUGCCUCUAUGAACAUUGGAUUACGUGGACACAGAGAGGUUGUGGGGGAUGGAGUUUGUGAGGGAUCCAACUUCCUAGAGUUGGUCAAACUGCUUGCCCAGUUUGACGGUCUCCUGAAGCAAGUGAUCGCCACGCCCAAGGGGAAGACUAAAUAUCUGAGCCCUGCGAUCCAAAACGAGCUGAUCUCCCUUAUCGCCGAGGAAAUGCGGAUCUCCUUGGUAUCGGAUAUCCUAAAGAGCCCCUACUUUUCGAUUAUCCUUGAUUCGACAGUUGAUCUGGGAAAGGUAGACCAAUUAAGUUUGGUGGUGCGCUGGGUUUCCGUUCGAGACUCUCAAGUACAGGUGCAUGAGACCUUUCUCGGAUUCAUCGCAAUGUCAUCUGGAAAAGCAGAGGCUAUUGCUAAUCUCGCUAUUGAAGAACUCCAGAAGCUGGGAAUCACGCUGGACAAACUUAGAGGACAGGGAUUUGACGGAGCCAGUGUUAUGUCGGGAGUUUAUGGGGGAGUACAGACGAUACUGAAGAACAGAACCACGAACCCUGUUCCCUUUGUGCACUGUUCGACCCACAAUCUGUGUUUGGUGAUAAAAGAUGUUGUGGCUGCUACCAACCACACCAGUGAUUUCUUCGACUGUCUGGGCCAGGUUUUUACGUUUGUUGGAUCGAGCUCAUUACGCUGGGAGGAGCUGAAGAUGAACUCUCCGGGCUUAGACCUAAAAAAACUUUGCCCAACGAGGUGGUCGUCUCGUCAUGAAAGCGUUCGGGCCAUCAAGAAUCGGCAGCCAGAUAUCAUCAGACUUCUGACGAAGCUAUCACUCACCAACUGCCGAACAUCUGCGGGACUUUUGAGUAGAGUUAGAACUUUCGAGUUCACCAUUACUCUGGUGUUUUGGGAGAAGCUGCUCUCCAAGGCACAGACUAUUACUAACAUGCUCCAGGCUAAAAACCUGGACAUUGGAGUUGUGCCAGCUGCUCUCAGCAGCUUUACAAGAUUUCUCCGAAAUCUAGAGGGAAAUUGGGAUACUCUCAUCGUAGAAGCUCAGCAGCAAGCCAUCUAUGCUGGGGCCGAGCAGUCAUUCCAGCUCACCAUGGCCCGGAACCUCUACAGAUAUUCUGGUCAACUUCGUGGCCAGAACUUACCAGAACCAUCGAAGAAGGAUUUGUUCAAGGUACAGAUAUUUCUUCCCACACUGAAGACAUGUCGGGAACAAAUCCUUCUUCGAUUUGAGGGACACAACUCGAUAGUGAGCAAAUUCGCGUGUUUGCAGCCCAAACACAUACUGACGAAGAGUUGCACGGACCUCCGAACUGCUGCGAAUGAGUUGGUAAAGAUCUACCACAAGGACUUGCAGCCAUCAUUGGCAGACGAGUUAAUUGACCUGAAGGAAGAUUACGGGAGUGAGCUAAGGACCGAAGAUGUGACAAGUCCUCUCCAGUUGGUCAACUUUAUCUUCGAGAGAGACCUUCCGCUGUUGUGUCCGCAGUUGGUAGCAGCCUUGAUGCUUUUCAUAGCUAUACCAGUCACUGUUGCAUCGGCGGAACGGUCCUUCUCGAAGUUAAAGUUGAUAAAAACUUAUCUAAGGUCGACUAUGUCACAAUCUAGACUUAAGGAUUUAGCUCUCAUCUCAAUUGAGAACAGUGAGGUUGACAAACUUGAUCGCUCGAAGCUGGUACAGAAAUUUGCCAGUGCAAAAGCAGGGCGCAUCAAGCGUUUCCACUGA